CGUAAAUUAUUUGCAGGUACAUAAAAAUCACCAAGUACAGCGAGAGACAAGUGGCAGAUGUGCUGAGACUCUAACAAUGACGCUCGAGAGCGUAUCGUAUGCUGUACCCAUUUCAUCACAGCAUGUUCAUAAUCCCAAAUGCAUCAUUUCGACGAGGAGCGUGUAAUGUGGCCAAAAGGAUGGCAAGACGCCAUCAAGUCGUCCACGAGAAUGAAAGGAUUGAAUGAUUGAUUGAUCUUAUGACUGAGAAGAGAAGAGAGCCAUGGUUCAAUGGUUGAUGCAAGAGCUGAACGAGCCAUCCUUGUCGCUGGACACUAUCAUAUAUCACGCUCCCAGUUCAAUUCUCUGAGCACUCAUUGUCCGCAUCGGUCUAAAAUACGCACUUCACUGAAUCUGGCGUCCAUAGCAAAUCGGCGUCAACAAUAAAAGUUUGGUUCUUGGCGGUAAAAUUCCACAGGCAUCCCAUCGAUCAGUAAUAAGAUAUGUGCUCCGCCGAAAUCGAUUCCAACCGCCAAGCAUACGAUGCUGAUAUGUACUAUCGAUCCUAGAGGCUGAGCACGAGCUGUGAUUAAGAGAUGGAAAAAAUGUCUCGCAAUCGGGCCUUGCUUGCCAAACCGAGCACCAUGCGUUUCCAGACGAUCCAGAUGUCGAUGGAUGCGGCGGAGUAAAUUUGUAUACCGCACGCCGGAGCCUGGCGAAACAUUAUGCCCGAUGGACGAUGGACGACGGGCGAUGAGCGACAAUUCUCAAUUCUCAAGUGUGUCGGGAACGCAUCGCACGGCUCUCGUCGCGCAAACUUGCAUGUCAUGGCGGGACUCGGGGGAUUCUACCGUCAAACCUAAUGCCGAUGAUGCGCACCAUGGCCGACUGGCCGACUGACUGGCGACAUACUAAUUCCACUCAUCCCCUCUGAGAAUCUACUGACGAUUCCGAGCCCGAGAGUACAUUUGCUUGCGAGAAUAGUAAAGUCUGCGAGGCGGGCAACGAGGGCUGCAGAGAGUGCAUGUGUCUCCAGCGCCAUGAAGAGGCAUCGGUAACUUGGAUCCAGAUAAUUGAAGGCCAAAUUGCUAAUCAUGACCAAAUCUCGUAACUUGAUUAACGGUGGCGGGCGUUGAGGUGCUAAUUAAAGCCCCGAGUAAUGAUGGACUCCAUGCUGGACUGAGGUGUAGAGCUGCCUAUCGCCUCAGGGAAUUGCAGGGUUCAGAGCUUUCUCCCGCUGUCCUGUGGCAGAUUGGCCUGGCCCCUUUGGUGACUGGUACAGAGAGUGAUGACUGAUCCUCUCUCUCUCUUCUCGCUUUGGUGAUAGCAGAUGGACCGAGAGUUUACACCUAAAUUUUUUUAUUGCCUUCCUGAACAUGGAAUGAGUGGAGCUGGCAGAUAUGCAGAAUUUAAGAUGUCCGCAAUGAUUUGAGAAAUCAUACAUUAAUGGUACAUAUAUUUCUCCAUAAUCGGAUCACAGUCACAUCUAUCACAUGCUCGAGGGCAUAAUUCAUCCCAAAUUUUCCAGAAUACCGCUGAAUGACAAACUGUUGAGCUUCUGAGAUCGGGGAAUCUUUAAAUAUUCUUCCUCGAGCUCCCUCCCUGAUCUCGAUGGUGUUCCAAGAUGUCCAUUUCCAGAGUGUUUGGGUUAGACACAAGGA